UCCAAGUCUACAUAGCAAUGCUGUUCAAUGCAUGUUACUUUCUGUUUUGCUCCCUUGUAUACCUUUCAGUCGCCUAAUAGAUGGAAAACCACUAUCUCAACGCUUGUGUCUAGCUAUGUUUAAUGGGUAACUUCGCACAGGCUAAAAUCGCUGAGUCGCAGGGCCUUAUCUUGCUCUCACGACAAUUACCGAAGAACAGGUUCUGCGAGGUAUUAGCGACUAGAACCCGUGCUUAAUUCUCAUGGAUGUGGACAUACAGUAUCCUAUUGGGUUCCAUCAGACUACGCCAACCAAUCGUCAAUAGUGCGGUGUAUUUAUCGGUUCUACCUGUGCCAUAAUGCCUAUACUGGUAUACUGUUAUCCGUGUGCUCUCUCACAGGAGGAAACGAGGCAGGAGAUCAUCCAUAACUUUUGGCCUGCUGCCAGCGUCGGCUUGCCGAAAUGACAUCUCAUGCUACUUUGGCGGUUUCCCGAAACCCCGUGGACCAUCUGAUCAAAGAUUUAUAUAAACCUUUUGCUUUUCGACCGGGAUGUGCUUUCGUGGCUCAGGCGUAGGUGGAUUCGAUGGAGGACAUAGCGACGUUAACGGAUUGGGAAGUGGCUACGGUGGAGGUUUCACUGGGGGCUCACACUUUGGAGGUUUCGGUGGUGGUUUCGGAAUUGGCCACAAAGACAACUACAGCGGUGGCUUUGGAGGUGGCAAUGGCGGAAGCUUCAAAUGUGGUCACGAAGACGAUAGUACCAGUGAGAACGAAACAGCAUUAUCGGCUGUCGUAUUUGCGCAACUUCUGGGCAAUGGAGCCAGCCAUGGUUAUUUGAUUGGUAGCAGAGGCGGUGUCGCGUACACAAUUUCGGGACGGACGCAGGUAAUUAAGUUGGUGCACAACAUCACUACCCCACACGCCAAUGGACCGGUAAUCUCGCGCACUGAAGCGGCGGCCAUGAAGGAUCCGGUGGAGAUGGCAAGGCAAUAAUCUUCGUCGUGGAAGGAGGCGCUGAAGGCGGGGAUUCUAGAGGUGGUUUUGAUGGCGGUCACGGAGCAGAUUUCGGAGGUGUUGAUAUGGCGGAGAGUGGUAAAUCGGGAAAGAUAAUUAUGACAACGCACUUAGGGGGACCAACAAAACAAAUUUAAGAGGUAAAGGGAAAGUAAAGAUAGAAAGAAAGUUUGAAGUAAAGAAUAGGCCAGAUGAUGAGGUUAAGACGAGCGGUUGGACAAAAGACGCAGAGAGACAUUUCUGAAAUACACCAACUAGUUUAAUUGUGCUAGCGCCUGUUUUCUAAGCGGUUUUUUUUUCUAACCCUAUGCUUGAAUCUUACGGAACGUCUCUAGGCCAACUUUUGUCUUCGCCAGUCGUAUUUUAGUUUCGCUGAAUUAACAUGGCUUUCCAGUGCCGCUUGGCUUAAUAAAAGUAAAGAUAAGAAUAGCAACUUUGGCACAAAACGUUUCAUACA